AUGUCUCGGUUCGUGAUGGACUCCAACAAUCUCUGGCUGCUUGCACUCGUCGACCACACGAUCAGGGUCAAUACGGGGCCGUUUUCCCCCGACCUCAACACGCAGAACCUCCCCGACGACGUGGCCGCCUGGAAACAAGUGGCUCGAAUCGGGAGCAACAAGUACUGCAGCCACCGCGAGCUGGAAGUGUUCGGUUCCCAGCUCAACCCGCAGAAAGUGGAGCAGCUGUGGCAGAACCUCUACGGCCGCCAGCUCAGCAUCAACCGGGAAGGCUUCACGUUCACGUGGCACAACCGCGGCACCGACAACGGCCGGUUCAAGCCGGGCGGGAUCCUGUACCGGCUCAACGACCUCUACGAGUGGUCCAACCACGGGGUCACCGUACCCGUCCCGGUCGGGACCGGGUGGGACCGGUUCGAGCGGACCACGGGGAAGCUGAUGGUCGGGGCCGGUGGUGGUUCGGCCGAGGUGAAGAAGGAGUUGGAGGAGAAGGAGAAGGAGAACAAGAGACUGCAGGAAGAGGCGGCGGAGCGGGAGAAGCGGGCCAAGGAGAGGGAAGAUGCGGCUCAGAAGGAGAUCCAGGAGCUGAAAGAGCAGGCCCAAGCCAGGGAGGACGCGGCGAAGAAGGAGAGCGAGGAGAUGAAGAAGCAGGCCAAGGAGAAAGACGAUCAGCUCGCGGCGAAAGAUAAGCAGAUCGCUAACCUCAGGGCCGCUCUCGCAGCCUUCACCUAA